CCUCUCCCCCUCCCUCGCCGAGCCGCGAGGGCGGCCGGAUCGCGCAACGCCAGGUCGUGUAGGGGUGGGGUAGGGUUUAGGGUGGUGGUGCCAUAUUUCAUUUCGCGAGUCGCUUUGCCUCGCGCGUGUGGAUUUUUGUUGUUGUUGCGUAGAUCGUCUGGGCGAUUCGGUGAUCGCGCGGUGCGGGGAAUUUACGUUGGUCGGUCGGGUGGCUCGCUCGAUUGGGUGGUUUGUUUUGGAGUGAUCGAGGGUGCGGAGUAGGGGUGAAUGCUGCUUCGUCUGUGUGCGGAAUCGGUGGGCUUGCGGUUCGGUUCAUCUGCUUGCGCGAAGCAAUCCUGCUGGGUUGCUUUUUGGUUUUCAUCUCUUUGGACUCCGAGGUCGUUCUAGAUUUUUUUUGGUUAAUUAGAUUUAUGCUAUUAUAAAUGGCAUGGUUUGAAGAAAUGCCAUUACAAAUUGUAUAUUUGAAAAUAUACUAUUGCAAAAAUGCUGGAAUUAUAUCCAUACCAUUACUUACCUCUUCUGCUCAUAUUCAUACCUUUUCCAGCUCCCGUAUUUCGUAUGGACCAUUUUGCCCUCAUCAUCUUGGAGUAGCCGUCUCUCCCUCACUGUCUCUUCUCCCAGCAGAAGCUACUUGUCGCGGUCGCACCACGUUGCCAUUGGCCGCUGCUGCUGAGACCGCAGUCUGACGUGCCUGUUGCGGUGCAAAUCAGGGCACCUGAGCCCAUCAAGAUCGCCGCUGCCCAGAUGGAGGCGCCCAAGCCCGCCGAGCAGGAUGCAAAGCCGGGCGAUGGCGCCAACUCCGACGAGGCGGCUAGGCAGCGGCCCAAGGUGCCGCAGGUGAAGCUCGUGUCUAGUGCCGGGCUUCAUCUACCUUCUCCAACCGGAUCUCGUCGUUUUCCCAACAGAUUGAGUGCGCCAUUGGUCUUCUUCACCGGCGCCGGCAACUCCCUCUGCCACCUCAUUGUUGAGCCGUUGCUACGCAGCCUCCCUCGAUGAGCCGAGCGCAAGGUGAGCUACCUCUCACCCCAACGGUGCUUUGGCGCGCAUCGGUUGGGCUCUAGCCCGACGCUAGCAUGACCCAUAACGGAGCUCCGAGCGCUGCUGCGCCUGGCGCACGCCACUGACUGUGCUCUGGCCAGGCUCGUCGGUCGAGAUCUACCUAGAUGUGUUUGUCGUCUCGUAUUGAAGCCGUAUGUGCUGACCCCGUGCCGAACCGCCGCUAGAUCGCCGUUGACGAAACGACCCCCUUCUCCCUCCAGUUGAUGGUCUUGUGCAACUCCUUCAUGCCAUUGUGGUGGUACCUCUCCCUAGCGGCGUGGUUCUUGGGGACGGGCUUGGUGCCGAGGUACGCUGUGUAGAACUCCUCGUUGGUCAGCUUCUUCACUCGAGCACGCACACAACGGCGGCCGGAGCUCAUCAUUCUCUUUCUCGAAGCUUUGGUGGAGUGACUCACCAGAGCUCGUCACGGCAUAUCUAGUCUCCAGCUUCGCCGUGUCAAGCAGAGCUACUCUGCUCCGCGAUGGACGAUGCUCCACCCAUACUCUUGGACCUCAAUGCGGCCUUACAAUUCUGUCAUGCGCCACCGAAGUGGGGAAGAUCUCGCCAGAGUUGGAGCUCUGUUGGUGGAUUGGCGCAAGAGAUGGGUGCGCUGGAAAAGACUAGGGGCAUUUUUGUUCAAUCACAAGUGAUUUCAGAGCAAGGCAGCGAGCAAACGUAGGUAAUGGCAUGGAUCUAAUUUCGGUAGUUUUGUAAUGGCAUGUUUUCAAAUACACGAUUUGUAAUGGCAUUUCGCCAAACCAUGCCAUUUAUAAUGGCAUAAAUCUAAUUAACCCUUUUUUGGGGUUUGUUUUGGGUGGGGUUUAGGUGUCUUUCGCGGGAUCCGUAGGAAGCGGAAUUUUGCGGUCAUUCUUUUUUAUUUCUUUUUUGGUAUAUGCUGAUCGAUUCCAUUUGAGUUCAUGAUUUUAGUCUGUUUCGUAAGCGAUUCUAUUUUAAUAAAUAGAACCGGUCAUCCGUGGGAUGUCCUGUUAUUCCCAAAAAAAUAAGGGUUUUAUUUUUAAAAAGUUUUCAGCGGUGAUUGUUGCGGGUUUUUUUAUUGAUAUUUUAUGUGAUUUUACUGUCUUUAUAUGGUACUUGGAGGGCCUUUUUAAUGCACAUUAACUCUCUUAGUUUCGAUUCUCUGCUGUUGAUCUGUGACAAUUUUACAUUUUGGAUCAUUCCGUUUUGAUUCUCUUUGCGUGAGUUGGGAUUACAUGUUGCUUAGAGAAUCGAGUUGUGCUGUGAAUUUUGAUAUUGUUUUUUUCAUGUUUCUUAGUCAAGCCUGAUACUCAUUUUGGUUAUCGUCCUGUUAAGAUCCAGAGGGUGGCUGGGAAACCACCGGGAAGAAGUCGAAGAAACCAGGGCAAGCAGCUGGGAGACAGUGGGCACCUACCACAGCAAGGCCAGCAUGGGGUGGCAAUGGUUCCUCACACCCUUCUGGAACCAGUGGCACUGCUAACAGGGGCAAUCCUAGACCGCCACCACAAACUAGGCCUAUGAAAAGAGAACUGCAAGCACUACGCCCUGUUGUGACUCCACCUCUGGCAAAUGGUUUGCAGUGGCAAUCCAGGUCUCGCCCAUCUGUCACGAAGGAUGAUGCUCCUCCAUCUGGUUGUGACCCUGAGGUGGACAGUGUUGACAAUCAUGAUACAUCAGAUGAUGAUGAUUUGAGUAACAAUAUGAGUGAUGAUUAUGGUUCUGAUGCAAGUGAGAAAAGUUUUGUGACUCGAGAAAUGAACGAGGGGUUCAAAAGGUUUUUUAAAGGCUUGGAGAAAUUAAGUGUGGAAGAGAUAAAUGAACAGAGUAGGCAAUGGCAUUGUCCGGCAUGCCAAAAUGGACCUGGGGCAGUUGAGUGGUAUAAAGGGCUGCAACCUUUGAUGACUCAUGCUAGAACAAAGGGUUCUAGAAAGGUAAAGCUCCACAGAGAAUUAGCUGCAUUGCUGGAAGAGGAGCUAUCUCUCAGGGGAACUUCGGUGGUACGAGGUGGUGAACAAUUUGGGAAAUGGAAAGGACUGCGAGAAAGCACUGAUUGUGAGAUAGUGUGGCCACCAAUUGUUAUUGUUAUGAACACCUUACUGGAAAAAGAUGACGAUGAUAUGUGGAUGGGCAUGGGGAACCAAGAGCUCCUUGAAUAUUUCGAUAAAUACUCUGUGACUAAAGCACAUCAUUCCUAUGAUCCAUCCGGGCACUGUGGCAUGAGUGCUUUAAUAUUUGAAAGCUCGGCCGUGGGCUAUAUGAUGGCAGAACGUCUGCAUAAGCACUUUGCUGUUCAAGGAAAAGAUAGGAAUGCAUGGCAAAUUUGCAGGGAUUCAUUGGUACCUGGUGUGAAUAGACAACUAUACGGUUACUUAGCAAACAAAGAAGAUAUGGAGACGUUCAAUAGGCAUUGUGAAGGGGAAAACCAUUUGAAAUACGAGAUGAGGUCUUAUAAUGAGAUGGUGGUGGUCCAAAUGAAACAGAUGAGUGAAGACAACCAACAACUGAAUUAUCUGAAGGACAAGGUGGUUAGUACAGAACAACACUCUAAAGCAGUAGAAGAAACCUUGGGUGUUGUUACCCAGAGACUUCGGGAGACUGAGGAGGAGAAUAUAUUUGUCAGGAGUAAAGCCAAAGAGAAGCACUUGGAGUAUGAGCAAGAGAUGAAGUACCAGGAGGAAUUUUUUCAUAAGCAAAUUGAGAAUAUUCACAAGGCCACAGAAGUCAAAGAAAAGGUUUUUGAGAAGUUGCUGCAGGAGGAGCGUUCAAAGGCUAGAUGUUUUGAUGUGGAUUCUGGAACUACCGAAGAUCGCAGGCUAAGCAAGGAACAGGUACAGAAGUUCAUGGAUGGCCAGGUUAAGGACUUUGAGGAGUUCGAGGCUGAGUGGGAUGAACUGGUAAAGGAUCGUGAGGAGAAGAAGAUGAAGCUCAAGAAACAGUACAUGGAGAAGGAGAUUGAGCUCGAGAAGGAGCUCGACGCCGCCCAGACAGGCCUGAUGGAGAAGCACAAGCCAGACACCUUCCAGGCCUCCAGCUCGUGAAGGGCUUCUUCAGCUUACUUUAAGGCCCCAGCUCAGAACUAUAUCGUAGAUGAUGCCCAUUAUGCCUAAAAGAGUGUUUAGACAUUCUGUAGACGAAAGCUGGAGCGAAAUCAUAUCGAAGUUUGGUAACCAAGCUGCCAAAUGAAAAGAGCCUUUGCCCGUGUAACUAAACUUUAGUUAUGUUGAAUUCUAGGCCAUCCUGUGGGUUCACUCGAACCUGUCCAGAUGGGUUUGACGGCCCGGAUAAGGUGAUGGACUGUGGAGUUUUUUUUUUUA